AUGACGCCCAUGAUCCAGACGCCGCCUCCAUAUCAGGAAGACGCCUGCGAGGCCGCAGGGGCGUGCAUACACUAUGAUCUGUCCAAAUUAGAACUAGGAUAUCGAGCCACGCGGCGGACAUCCCAUGCUCAUGCUGAUGACAUUGAUCUGCCUACAAGCAACCCACAGGCGUCCGAUAAUAGUCUGAGUGCCGUUAGCACAGAUUUGUUCGUCGGUAUUAACGGAAACAACAACGGCUUCCCAUCUCCAGUACCAGUUGACGAAGAUGAUUUUGGAGACUUCGCUGGCCAGACUCAGAACCCCAGCGCGCGACAAGAUGUGCGCAACCUAGUCGACAGCUUUGAUGUGACCUCAGUGACCCUUGGUCUCGGCACGAUGCCAAUACCGUUUGGUCGGUCCUAUAAUCCAGGCCUUGGGUCUUCGGGUCCUCUCCAAACCCCCUCUGAACCAUUUCCAAUCGGAAGCGAGGUGCCCAGCGACCGGUCUCAAUGGCGAUGUGAAUAUACUGCUCCUAGGCAGCCAGGAUCAGACUUUCCACCAAGCCGUUGUGCAUGGACGGGCCCGCUGCAAGACCUCCAAGUGCACUUCACAGCACAACACCAUGGCUUUCAGGAUGAGAUGUACUGGUGCGAAUGCAUGCCGUGCUCCACUUUGACUGCUGGGUGGGAACCGCCGCCCCAAUGUAUUCAAGAAAAUUGUUUUGGUGGUCAAUGGAGAAGAUGGUUCUACGGUGAAAACAUCGCCGAAUCGACCAUUGUGUCUACGCCAGCAUUGACACAGUCUGGCGAGUCGGAAAGCGGAUAUUCCUAUGACGCACGAGGCUCGGGAGACCAGCCACCCUUCGCGGGGAACAAUUCGAUGGGGUUCUGGGGUUCCUACCCCGGCGGUGGAGGCAGUAGCUCAGGCUUCCACAGUCAGCAGUUCAAACGGGGCGGAACCAGCGAUGGCACAGAUGGCGUGGAUGAGUCGCAACUCUACACCGAAAGGGCGCCAACAAUACUCUCUCGUUCGCUUCUUGAUAAGGCUAGGUGUCUGGGCUUGAGCUUUGCUGUCGUUAUUGGCCGCGGUGUGUGGGUUUCUAGCUACUCGGCUGUUGAGAUACCUAGUAUCCUCAGAAGGUCACGGCCCUCACCAUGGGAGAAGGCCCGCCUAUCCGCUCAGAAUCAUCCCCGCGAAUAG